AUGGGCGAGAGAGGCACACUCACCGCUGCCAUGGAGAUCGAGAAGCGAAACCUCAGAACGGCAGCUCUGAGCGCAAUGGCAUCGCUUUGUGGCGGCCCUAUCAGUGCCACGACCGACAGUGGUGCCUCACUUCAAUUUGACAUACGAAGAAUUUUACUGUGGGUUGAAGCAAUCUUCAAUUCUGGAAAUGAUCGUAUGAAGGUUAUAGGGCGACGUGCGCUCAAAAACCUAAUUGUCUACAAUAAGGAUGUUGCGAUUUUGUUCGAGCACUGCAUUGCCAAGUGUUAUUUGACCGACAUACCUCGAAGUUACUUCACUGUAGUGACCGAGGUCCUUCUGGAACAUGCCGACUAUCCAUCUCCGUUCUGGAGACUUCUCGGGCUGUGCUUAUUCAAUCUUGGAAAUGACCGGAGCGAGAUUCGAGUUAAGUCGGCGCACGUCCUUAGGGCUCUCGAAGAACGACAACAACAGGCCAAGAUUUCCAAAAUCCAGGAUUUCGAUAUCAGUAUCUCGGAUAAGACCAAAGCAGUCUACAAGCUUGCGCAGUACAAGAUCUCUGAGAGACUGUCCAAACAACACACCGAGCUAGCCUUCCACAUCUUUUCAGAAUUCACAUUCUUCUUCAAAGACCUUCCACCGGUGGCUCAAAGGAAUGUUGUUGCUGUUAUACUACCUUGGAUCCAAGCCAUAGAGCUCAAGGUUGAUCCGAAUGGUGGACCGACUGCUCAGUCAUACCUUCUCUUGGCGAAUUUAUUGGAAAUUACCAUCAAGUCUAGUGCAGCUCUGCAUAAUGAGGUACAAGCACUGUGGCAGGCGCUUGCCACCGGACCAUACCCCGGCAAUGUCAGACUUGUUCUCGACUUUAUAAUGUCUUUGUGCUUGGAGCGGCGCGAGCAAAACUUUGUUGAGUACGCCAAGCAGAUUGUGGUCUUCCUUGCGAGCACAAAUAGCAAUCCCGCUCAUAAGGUCGUUGACUUUCUACUCUUGCAAAUUACACCCAAGGCCAUGGUUCCGAACGAGAAGCGGGAAACGGCACCUCCACCGCCUGACAUCGUCCAGUUUCCAUACUGUGCCGAUCUCGCUGACGUGCUUCCUGUCGGCACCAAACAAGCUGGCUUCUCGCUUGGCCAGUUGUCUCUGAUUCUGCUGGUCGACCUAAUGGUUUCGCCUGUCAACUUGCAGAAAGAUAACAUUCCCGUUCUGCUUCAGGUCGUUACAGUCCUAUGGGAUCAUUACACACCACUCGUCCAAGAGCAAGCCCGGGAGAUGCUCGUUCAUCUUAUCCAUGAGCUUGUCAUCUCCAAGCUUGAUGACUCUACUCCAGCUUCAACAAGAGAAGAGAUUGAAGAUUUGAUAGAGUCGAUUCGUCGACAUGAUCGUACUGUUGUGUGGGGCUACGAGGACAGCAAUGGCAAGGUCGAUGACCACGACACCAAAGUGCCCCCAAGCAUGGAGUAUCUGACAGGAGAAGUUGUUAAAACUUUCGAGCUUACCUUCCCCGGAAUGAAGGAACAGUGGAGCCGCCUGUCUUUGACCUGGGCGACUACAUGUCCUGUCAGACACCUUGCAUGCCGCUCUUUCCAGAUAUUCAGGUGCAUCCUUACGUCGCUGGAUCAAUACAUGCUUGGGGAUAUGCUUGCGAGGCUGUCAAAUACAAUCGCCGAUGAAGAUACUGAAAUCCAGACAUUUGCAAUGGAGAUUCUCACAACGCUAAAGACACUCAUCUCCAAGCUAGACGCCGACAAGCUCAUCACAUUCCCUCAACUCUUCUGGACCACAUGCGCAUGCUUAGAGUCAAUCAACGAGCGCGAAUUUCUUGAGUCUGUGGAAAUGCUCAACGAGUUUCUUGACAAAGUUGAUUUUCAGUCACCGAAUGUUCGGCGUCUACUGUUGGAAGGUCAGCCGUCGAAGUGGGAGGGGUCAUUUGAUGGCCUUCAACCACUCUUGUAUCAGGGCUUGAGGUCGUCUAUGUGCUAUCAGGCGACCCUUAACACAUUGGACAAGGUUGUGCGAUUACCGACUGAUGCCCUGGUUGGUGAUGACAGUCGCGUUUUCUUUACCAUCCUGGCAAAUUUCCCUCGUUUCCUUUACGAAUUGGAACAAGACUCCUUCAGCGAGAGUAUCUUGAAGACGACAGAAAAUCUCCUGACCGUCACUAUAGGGCAGGGCUUGGCAAGCAUCGCUCUUGUACUGGAUAACUAUCUGUCGAAGCAUUACCAGACCGGUGACGAUUUCAUCAUUCAGAUGUUUUCUGCACUCAAAGAAUAUUUCCUACCUGACUUGGACUUCAAGAUGAUCACCACUCUGAUCGGCUGUUUGACCAACAAGACGCCCUGGGUCAAAAUCAAGACGAUGCGCAUCCUCUGCCGAAUCAUUCCCGAAAUUGACAUGAAGAGAUCCGAAUUGGCUGGCCACGGCUCAGACCUCAUAUCUCCAUUACUGAGGUUACUUCAAACCGAAUACUGCAUGGAAGCCCUUGAUGUAUUGGAUAACAUCAUGACCAUGUCUGGAUCAUCAAUGGAUAAGCACCAUCUUCGUAUGAGCAUGACACGCUCUACUUCCAAAGCAAUUCGCAAGGAGUAUGAGAGAACACAGAGCUUGUUUGGUAUACCAGAAGAUUCUGGGUGGGCUAUUCCGAUGCCUGCUAAGAAAACGGAGUCAACCCGGGCAAACAUUCAUGCUGCUUUCUAUAUGUGUCAAGAUGUAGAGGGCGUAGCUACGGAUGCCACUCCUACCCCAGACGUUGAGUUCCAUGCAGACGAAUUUCCGUAUGGAUACUUCCCUCCAUCUGAUCGAACCGAGACCAUGAUGUCGGACGAAGCUCGUGCGGAUGGCAGCAUGGGUGACCUUGUCUCCAAGUUGGAUAGCUUGGACGAUUUCUUCGAUGAUCUUUCCCAGAGCCCACCAAGUGAUGGUCGCUCGUCCCGCACGAUUACCGAGUAUGCACCUGAUGCAUUCGAAUCUGGUGCACAGUUAUAUGACGAACAGAUCUUACCUAUCCUACACCAGGCGUCGAACAAUGUUUCCUUCCAGAAUGGCUUUGCUGAUCGACCACUCAUGUCUCGCGACGGCAAUGCCAAUACUAUGAAUCCGGGUGCGUUUGCUUCAUUCAGCCGCCCUGGACUACACUCGCGGUCUAUCACAUCGCCAUCGGCCCCUGCUUCGUAUCAGCCACACAUGAACGAUUUCAUGUCUGAUGACGAGCUGACAGAAGAUGUCUUCUCGGAUGGCGACGACGAACGACCCAACACGGGAGGUGGAGAUGGAUCUUUUUUCCUUGAGAACAUGAUCAAGCCUCUGGCACACAGCACGCGAACCCGUGUACGAAGACUUACGGGGAGCCGCUCCAGAGACGAGCGGAUGCCAGAACUACUGCGGUCCAAUACCGCCAUUUCACCACAGGUACCGAAGGUGCCUGAUGCAUUUCUGCAAAAUUCACCCCAAGGCGGCAUGUUGUAA